AUGAGUCAUUCAGGAGAUCGUUUUACGGAUAUUCAGCUGGAAAAUGAAGACUUACCAGCAUGUUUUGGCUACCUUACCUGGAAAUUAUUAUCUCUUGAAGAAGCGAUGAAUGAAUUACAAGAUUUUUUUAAAGAAAUAAAUCUUUUUGUUAAAUUAGCUAAAAAACAUUGUAGAUAUCCAAAUGAUCAUAAUUUAACAAAAGAUGAAUCUGCUGCAAUUUAUAUUUAUACUAUGGAAAUGUCUGAUGAUUCAAGUGUUUAUCGAAUUUUAAAUCAAACACUUCGUGCAGAAGAUCGAACAAGAGUUCGUCCAUGGUUUGGAUAUUUAAAACUUUUAGAUUCUGCAACGUCAAAACUACCGAGAUUUAAAGGAACUGUUUUCCGUGGUAUUGAUCAAGAUGUUACCAAGAGUUUUAGAGAAGGUCAAAAAAUUACUUGGUGGAGUAUAAGUUCAUGUUCAACGUCUAUUAAUAUUAUUUCUUCAUUUAUUAGUCAAUCUUCUUCAAGUACAUUAUUUCAUAUAGAAUGUUUAAGUGGAAGAUUUGCUUCAUCAUACACAUGUUAUUCAUAUGAAAAUGAAGUUAUUUUAAUGCCUGGAACAAGAUUUGAAGUUGUAUCUGAUCCAUUAAAUCAUCCAGGUGGAUUAAAUAUUAUUCAUUUAAGAGAAGUUAAUAAUGAUGAUGAUGACGAUCAUAAUCAAGACGAAUUAUCUGGAUCAGCAAAUCCAAAUUCUUAUCAAUUAAAUCAUUCUACAAUUAUCACAGCGACUAUAUUAAAGAAUCCAAUAACAACAAACCAAAUAUCAACUCAAUCUCAAAUAAAGCUACAACAAAUUCAAACAAAGAAGAAUACAUUUCAACAAUUUCCAAUUACUGUUGCUGCAGGAAAUGGACAUGGACAGGGAUUAAGUCAACUCUAUUGUCCUCAAGGGAUCUUUAUUGAUCAUGAUAAAUCAAUUUAUAUUGCUGAUUCUUGGAAUAAUCGUAUUGUUAAAUGGAAACUGAAUUCAAAUACUGGUCAAAUCAUUGCAGGUGGAAAUGAACAAGAAUAUCAAAAUAAUGCAUUGAAUGAUCCAAGAGAUAUAAUUUUUGAUAAAGAAAAUAAUUCUUUUAUUAUUUGUGAUUAUGGAAGCAAACGAGUAAUUCGAUGUUUUGAUCAAAAUCAAACAGAUCAACAAAUUCUUAUUCCAUAUAUUGAUUGCUAUGGUCUGGCAAUCGAUAAAAAUGGAUUUAUUUAUGUUUCUGAUUAUGAGAAUCAUGAAGUACGACGAUGGAAACAAGGAGAUAAAAAAGGUGAAGUAGUUGCAGGUGGAAAUGGUCAAGGAAGUCAUCUUAAUCAACUCAAUGGGCCCACUUUUAUCUUUAUUGAUGAAGAAUAUUCUCUUUAUAUAUCAGAUCUUUCGAAUCAUCGUGCAAUGAAAUGGAAAAAAGAUGCAAAAGAAGGAAUUGUUGUUGCUGGUGGACAUGGUAAAGGAAAUAGUCUCAAACAAUUGUCUCAGCCUUAUGGAGUGAUUGUUGAUCAUUUGGGUCAAAUAUAUGUGGCAGAUUUUGGGAAUCAUCGAGUAAUGCGUUGGUGUGAAGGAGAUAAAGAAGGUGAAAUUGUUGUUGGUGGAAAUGGUUAUGGAAAUCAAUUGAAUUGUCCCAUGGGUUUAUCAUUUGAUAAUGAAGAAAAUCUUUAUGUUGUUGAUUUUGGGAAUCAUCGAAUCCAAAAAUAUGAAAAAAUUUUAGAUUGA